AUGAUUGCUAGAGUAGUAGAGCAACAGCAGCCAUUAUUUGCAGCAUUACUAGAUGUUAAAUGGGCUGAUCUUUUCCCCUCAGAUGACGAAUUUAUAACAAUGGAUGUCUACUUAGAUGUGACGAAGCCUUUGGUUACUAUUAAAGAAGCCAUUAGUGCUCAAAAAUGGGUAACAAUUUCAAAACUCAGACCACUUCUUCAUAAACUUUUGAAAUCACAUCUCAUUAAAAUAUCAAGUGACACGAGUUUAGCAAAGAAAAUGAAAUCAGAAAUGAAUAAUAACUUCAGGUCUCAAUACACCGAUAACUUACUUCUUUUACUUUCCAAGGCAGCAUUCCUUGAUCCACGUUUGAAGAACCAUCCUUUUCUGUCACCCAUUGAAGUGAAUGAAUUGCAUGAUCUCAUUAGCCAAGAGGCUGGACAGAUAGCUGAAUCGAAUCAUUCAGCAGUGGAUGAGAUUGAUAUUGACACUGACAGUGCAGCAGUAAUGCCUCCUUCAACAAAGAAAGCAAAAGGUAAAUGGGAACUAUUUGAAUUACUAAGUGAUCAAAAAUCAGUUGCAGAAGUUGCAAUGUGUUUAUCUGAGCCAGAUGUAACUAAAAACCCAUUGCUGUGGUGGAAACUGAAUAGUUUUGGGUAUCCCAUGUUGUCUACUUUGGCUAAGAAAUAUCUGGCAAAACCAGCUACUUCUGUGCCAUCAGUGAGAGCUUUCAGUGCUGCUGGCCAUAUUGUCAACAUGAAAAGGGCAUGUCUUCAACCAGCUUCAGUCAAUAUAGCAGAGAGGGAGAGGAAGGAAAAUGAAAGGAUAGAGAGGGACAGUGAAGAAGAGGCCCAGCAUUUAGAUGAAGAGAAAGCAAAGACCAAGAAAAAGGGCAGAGGACAGCAGCACCUGAAAGCUGUUUCCGCUGAUAUUGCCAAACCAUUUCCAGGUCAUGCGGGCACAUCUGGACCAGAAUCAGCCAUUGCUACUCAUCUAACAACUUGA